GGUGUCUGGGAGUGUGGCUGGCAGCAGUGAAAGUGGCUUUUGGUUCUCCCAACAGCUGCAAUUGCUUGGGGUUCUGAGGAACAUAAGGAAGACAUUUGAGAAGAGAACAAAUAACAUUUUGUUUCAGUUUCUUGUCCAACUUCAGAAAUGUUCUGGUAGUUUAAUUUUGUAUUUUUUGUUCUGCAAGUUCACUGUGCCAACUACUGAUAAUGUAAUCAUCAUAAUUAAUAAUUUGUGUUUUAGUCUGAUAGUGGAUGAUUAUUUUUUCACUUGUUGAUAGCAAAUAAUGUCUUUUAUUUGUACCUUCAGGGAAAUAUUCCCUCCAUUUUAUUUUUUACGGGUAACAAAUGCAGUAAUAAACUACAAUCAAGUAGAAGAUGGAGCAUUCUGUGUCAUCCUCAGUCUCCAGCUACUGUCCUUUACAGAAUUAUGUUUGGUUUAGGGGAUUAUAGAGAGGAAGAUAGAUGGGAGAGAAUCACCUUCACCCUACAAGCAGUCAUUCUUCAAAGAGGAUAAUUAAAUCAAGAAUGACAGUAAGUGCCAUUCUAUCGAGUGCAAAUCCUGUGUAUGAGAAAUUCUAUCGACAGGUUGAUUCUGCUAAUGCUGGAAGAGUGUUAGCUUCUGAUGCAGCUGUUUUCUUGAAAAAGUCUGGAUUGACAGAUUUGGUACUUGGAAAGAUUUGGGACCUAGCUGAUACUGAUGGCAAAGGUAUCCUGAACAAACAGGAAUUUUUUGUGGCUCUUCGACUUGUAGCCUGUGCACAGAAUGGAUUGGAUGUUUCCCUGAGUAGUCUUAACUUGCCUGUUCCUCCACCAAGAUUUACUGAUACUAGCAGUCCUUUGCUACUCAGUGGAACAGCAUCAAGUGAUCUACCAUGGGCUGUAAAGCUGGAAGACAAGGUCAAGUAUGAUUCUAUUUUUGACAGCCUAAAUCCAGUGAAUGGACUAUUGUCAGGGGAUAAGGUGAAACCUGUGCUCCUCAACUCAAAACUGCCAGUGGAUAUCUUAGGACGAGUGUGGGAGUUGAGUGAUAUUGACCAUGAUGGAAUGUUGGAUCGAGAUGAGUUUGCAGUUGCCAUGUUUUUGGUAUACUGUGCUUUGGAGAAAGAACCAGUGCCAAUGUCCUUGCCUGCAGCUUUGGUGCCACCAUCCAAGAGAAAACCUCUCAGUGUUCCAGGAGCAAUGCCAUUAAUACCAUCUUCAACCAAAGAGUCUCAUCAGUCAUUGCCACCUGUGGGCAUUUUAGCUGCCAAAACACCAUUAACACAGUGGGUUGUAUCGCCUGCAGACAAAAUUAAGUACGAUGAGAUCUUUGUGAAAACUGACAAGGACAUGGAUGGAUUUGUGUCAGGUGUGGAAGCCAGAGAACUGUUCCUGAAAACAGGACUGCCUUCUACUCUCCUUGCACAUAUCUGGGCUCUCUGUGACACCAAGGACUGUGGGAAGCUUUCAAAGGAACAGUUUGCUUUGGCUUUCCACUUAAUUAAUCAGAAGUUAACAAAGGGCAUUGAUCCUCCUCAGGCUCUGACUCCAGAGAUGAUUCCACCUUCAGACAGGGGUGUCAGUUUACAGAAGAGUACUCAAGGACUGAAUUCUGUAGCAGAUUUUUCUGCAAUUAAAGAACUUGAUACAUUAAACAAUGAAAUUGUGGACCUGCAGAGGGAAAAGAAUAAUGUAGAGCAAGACCUCAAGGAGAAAGAAGAUGCCAUCAAGCAGAGGACAAGUGAGGUCCAGGAUCUCCAGGAUGAAGUAAAGCGGGAGAGCAGUAAUCUGCAGAAGCUGCAAGCUCAGAAACAGGAAGCACAGGAAACCCUUAAUGAUCUUGAUGAGCAGAAGGCCAAGUUGGAAGAACAACUUAAUGACAUCAGGCAGAAGUGUGCAGAGGAGGCCCAUUUGAUUGCCAUGCUAAAGGCUGAAAUAACAAGCCAGGAAUCAAAGAUUUCAGCUUAUGAAGAUGAACUGACCAAAGCCCAAGAGGAGCUGAGUCGCCUGCAGCAAGAAACUGCAGAGCUUGAGCAUUGCAUAGAGUCUGGGAAAGCACAGCUGGGACCUCUUCAGCAACAUCUGCAGGAUUCACAACAGGAAAUCAAUUCAGUGCAGACAAAGCUUCUUGAGCUGAAAGAACUGGAAAAUAACCAAUUUAGUUGGCACUCUCAGCCCCAUAGUACACUUGUUAAUGGAACUGUGGAUCAUUCUAGUCUUAGCAACAGCAGCAGUGAAACUGCAAACCUUAAUGAGAAUGCUGAGAGGGAAAGUAUAGCAGAAGAGGAGCAAACAAACAGUGUGUCUCCAGUAAGGAAUAGUCCUGAAACAGCAGUUUCAGUAAGAGAAGAGAAAGAGACCCCAGCAGCAACUGUUACCAAAAAAGAAGAUCCAUUUGAUGCUGAAUCUCAUCCGUUGCCUGAUCUAGUUUCUGAAGCCAGCUUAGAGUUCUUCCAGUCUGACCCUUUUGUUGGCAAUGAUCCCUUCAAAGAUGACCCUUUUGGAAAAAUUGAUCCCUUUGGUGGCGAUCCCUUCAAAGGCUCAGACCCUUUUGCAGCUGACUCUUUCUUCAAACAAUCCUCCACCGACCCUUUUGUGACUGCUGGCACUGAUCCAUUUAGUUCUGCAGACAACAGUAAUAAUACCACAACAGAGAUAUCAAAGAAGAAUGACCCUUUUGCUCCUGGUGGAACUACUGUCACUACAUCAAAUGAUCUAGCUACAGACCCCUUUGCCUCUCUGUUUGGAAGUGAAUCCUUUGAAGGUGGCUUUGCUGACUUCAGCACGCUGUCAAAGGCCAACAAUGAGGAUCCCUUUAGCUCUUCCACAUCAGGUUCUGUCAGCAGUGUCACUAUAACUAAAAACUUGUUUGAGGAAGCACCAGCUAAAAAUGAGGAUGUUCCUCCUGCACUGCCCCCUAAGACAGGAACUCCCACCAGGCCCUGUCCACCCCCACCUGGGAAAAGACCUAUCAAUCAAAUAGACUCUUCAGAUUCCUUUAAGUCGAGCGAUCCAUUUCAGCCUUUCCCCACCCCAGACAUUCCCAAAGAACAAGAAGCAGAUCUAUUCUGUGAUCCAUUUGCUCCCACCAGCAUCAGUAAAGAGGCUGACCCCAACAAUUUUGCAAACUUCAGUACUAAUUCAUUUCAUAGAAGUCGUGGUGUCCAAGCAGUAGAAGCAAAUCUAAAGUAUUCUACUGAGGAAGACAUGAUUGAAUGGGCUAAGAGAGAAAGUGAGAGAGAAGAAAAAGAAAGAUUGGCAAGACUAAAACAGCAAGAGCAAGAAGACUUGGAACUGGCUAUUGCACUCAGUAAAUCUGAAAUAUCAGAAGCAUGAAGUUUAGAAUAAGAUUUUAUCUGGCGUAAACUGUUUUGUCCCUUUUCCUGAGUACCUAACCUAUUUAAAUGUUAAUCAGAAAAUGCAUAUAUACAAGAAACUAUGAAAGGUUUUAAAUUUCUGAAAGUGAUGUGAAUGUUUCUGCUAAAUUUAAUCCUUUUGGUUGUUGUUUGAAUAAUUGUUAAGUUUAGCAUUCAAUUUCUCUCAAGUUUUCAGGAGAGCAGCAAAGUACUUUUCCCAGCUGAAAGCAAAUCAGUUUAAAAUGCAGUUAGAGAGAUUGGGGUUUGACUGUAAUCUAUCAGCAGUUGGUAAUUGAGCAUAAAGUGAACACAGCAAUUACUCUGUCAUGGCUGACUGUCUCCCAUCAAGCAGUUAGUCACUGGAAACCUUUUAUCCUUCUGAAGGGGUUUUAGUGAUACCAGAGUUGGAGAGUGCUUUAUUUUAUGUGUAUGCAUAUAGAUUCUUUUUCUGCUCGUUGAAGAUUUUAUGUUGGGUUUAACAUAAUCUUCAAGAAGUCUCCAUCAGAAAGAGUAUGUCCUUGUGAAACCUUUAUUGCUUUUCCUGCAUGAUCAUAGGUUUUAAGACAGACCUGUUAUUUUGUUUUAUAAAGCAAUUAAGCUGAAAAUUCAUGUGCAUUUGCUGUUGGCUAAGGUGACUGGCAAGUUGUGAGACCCCACUGCUAUUUGAGCCACUUUUGCCUGUGAAAUAUGCAGCUGAACUGGCAAGUUAAUGAGUUCCAUUUGAAAUAGGAUUGAAAAUAGAAAGAAAAAACAGGUAGUCUGAUUUAUAUUUUUUUUAACCACAGUUGUUUUCUGUAUAUGUAAUUUAUUGAAUGCCAACUGAUAGUUGCACCUUAAACUGAAUGAUUUCUGAAUGGUCACUGAGUCACAGUAGGAUUGAUAGAAUGUUAAUGAAAAUAACUUAAUAAAAGUAACUUAUUGUUAAUUUUGAAUGAAUUCUAUUUGGAAAAUCAGUUUCAUUAAAAUAAUUCCAAAAACAAUAAUCUUGUGCCCUAUCUAAGAAAAAUGGAUGGCAGCAGCAUAAACAUCUAGAAGGGUUUUUUUUUUCUUGCACUUUUAACCUGUGGUAUUUCUUUUGAGGAAAUUAAAGUGUUUCAACACAAAGCACUGGGGCAAAGGGGGAGAACUCGGCCAUACUUCAGUAUAUUUAAGCUCUUCCCGUUACCUGUCAAUGCUGCUGUUGCAUGAGUUUGAGGGUUUUCAAUUUUUCAAGGAAAAAAUGAGUAACCUGACUGGGAUGGUUUUUGUUUUGCACUGGGAGAUGAGCAUUUAAACACCUGCUCAAAAAAAAGUAACUUAAAAUUUUGCAAGUAUUAAAUAGUUAUAACUUACCUUAUACAUCUUUGUAAUGAGUGUACACUAAUCUUGCAAAUCAUAUGCUUAACUGGAUUACAUAGUUUCUUAUCUUUUGUUAAAAAUGUAUACUCAGUGGACCAACACAAUAUUAUAUGUAUAUAUUAUAUAUAUAUUCCUGCUUUCCUUUAUGGAAUUUAAAGUUUUGAGUCAUUUGAUGUUACAUUUCAUGUUACUGACUCUGACUAUAGGACUUUUACUCAGACUACCAACAAACCACUGCUGUGAGCUAAAUGGCAUUACUUUAUGAAGUUUUAACUGUUUGUUUUGAUUUUUUUUUUAAACAACUCGUUCAGGUGGGAUUAGCCUCUAUUUAUAGACUUCCCUUUUGUUUAAAAAUUCUAACAAUAGCCUGUAAUUAUGAAGAAAUAAAGUUUAAGUACAUAAA